AUGAGGAACGUAUACAUCCUUCUGUUCUCCUGUUGUCUCGUCUCUGCAGACCUGGUCACUUCUCCGUACUUAGCCUACCAAGAUAGUUAUGGACAGUACAGUUUUGGCUACAGUGCACCAGGUUCUGCGAGAUCGGAAAUCAGAACGUUGAAUGGCGAAACACGUGGUAUUUACAGUUACGUUGAUGACGCAGGUGUUAUUCAGACUACUCAAUACAUUGCUGACGAUAAAAAUGGCUUCCGGGUAGCGGCCACAAAUCUACCCCAGGCGCCACUUCCGCAACUUAUUUAUCAGCAAGAAAAUUUGCCAACUAUAGUUGCGGCUCGAAUAAAUCCCCUUCAAAAGGUCGUUGUAACAAAAGAAGAAGGAAAAGUAGGGGAAAAGAAUAUAUUUUUGCAGGGACCCCAGCCAUUAGAGAAGAAGGUGGAACUUGGAUUACAAUUGCCGCAGAAUAAGACUUCUGAGGCUACUAAAUCAUCCAGCGGCCAAAUUAUACCUGAAUCAAUCUUAAACUCCAGGGUACCUAUAUUUAGAAUUUCUCAAGACAAAAUAGUCAUUGAUCCAUACCUUAUACAAAGGCCAAUAAAAAUUCAAGAUUCUUCUCUCACACCAGCGGACACUACUUUACAAACUAACCAAGAAUCCAAGAAAAACAGCGAACAGGUUAACACAAAAGAGUCACCUGCACCCUUGAAAGAACAACCGAAACCCGAAGGACAAGAUAAACCAGCGGAUUUAUCCAAAGAAGUAAUUACUCCUGUUGACAUUGUACCUCUAAAUACUCCUCUCAUUAAGUAUGCUCAUAUCCCCACUCUUCAUUACAUUGUUUAUAAGAAUGCAUAA